AUGCUGAGUGACACUACUACUACUGGUACUAGUACUAUUACUACUACUCCUACUCCUACUCCUCCUCCUCCUACUCCUACUCCUCCUCCUCCUCCUCCUCCUCCUCCUACUACUACUACUACUACUACUACUACUACUACUACUACUACUACUACUACUACUACUACUACUACUACUACUACUACUACUACUACUACUACUACUACUACUACUACUACUACAAAUAAUAAUAAUAAUUGGAAUAAUAGAUUGUAA